UUCAUUAUUAUUUUACUUUCAUUCAUCUCCCCAACCGUUUAAAAAUAAUUUAAUUCCAAUAGGAUGUUUCUAAAAGGAAAAACAAAACAAAACAAAAUGAGCCGACAUGUCCAACGAGUUAAAAGCGUUUACACACGUAAAAAUCAAAAUCAAAAGUUGAUAAGAUUGGUAGAAAGAAUAUCCCCUCCCUGAUCCUCUUUCCAAGAUCAUUGCUCACCUUCCAUUUUCGCCUAUAAAUUAAUUGACGUGUAAGAAAUCAACACCUUCAUUCUUUCCUUGAUUGUUUCAAUCACACAAAUCUGAGAAGACCAAAAUGAUGUCCAAGGCAUCCUUCUUCUUCCUCAAUAUCAGCUUUGUGCUGCUUCUGCAGUAUCUCUCAGUUCUCUGUGUUUCACAGAACUUCGAUUUCUUCUACUUUGUCCAGGAGUGGCCAGGGUCAUAUUGUGACACUCAGAAGAGUUGUUGCUAUCCAACAACUGGGAAACCUGAAUCAGAUUUUGGCAUUCAUGGACUGUGGCCUAAUUAUAAUGAUGGCUCUUAUCCAUCAAACUGUGAUUCUUCCAACCCCUUCAAGCAAACUGAGAUAGCAGACCUGACUAGCAGUUUACAUAAGGACUGGCCCACACUGGCAUGUCCAAGCGGGAAUGGGAUAAAAUUCUGGAGCCAUGAAUGGGAGAAACAUGGCACUUGCUCAGAAUCAGUUCUUCAGCAACAUGACUACUUUGAAGCUUCUCUCACCCUCAAAAAGAGAUCCAAUCUCCUUCAAGCUCUCAACAGUGCUGGAAUAGAAGCAAAUGGAGGAUCCUACAGCCUGAGCAGCGUUAGAGAGGCUAUAAAGGAAGGAAUUGGGUAUGCUCCAUUCAUAGAGUGUAAUGAGGAUUCUUCUGGGAAUAGUCAGCUCUACCAAGUGUAUCUGUGUGUUGACGCUUCUGCUUCCAACUUCAUUGAGUGCCCAGUGUUUCCCAGAGGAAACUGUAGCACACAGAUUCAGAUCCCAUCUUUCUGAUGGAAUAAUGCACAAAAUUUAGAGUUUGCUUUGAUGUUGAUUUGCUUUUGUAUUGAUUCGUUUUCCAUUAAUAAACAAUAGUGGUAAACCUUUAACAUGCUUGCUUUAGUGUUCAUAACUGUAUAUGCAAGUAUAUUUAA